AUGGCGAGAAUCCCAUGGAUUGCUAUGAUGAGAAAGACUGAAGAGGCGCUUGUCGAAAUUUGCAUCAGCAAUAUCAUGGCAGAUUACAAAGUUUAUUUGGAGAAUAUUGGCAUCAGCCAAUUUUCUCGGCUUCUGGAAGCAGUGAGGAAAACAAGCAUUUCAGUUAAACUAAAUGGGCAGGAAGCUUGGAAGAGUGAAGAGGAAGAACGCCACUCAGGGGCUUCAUUUGAUCAGCAAGAUUAUCGAGAGAUAGCUGUCGUAACCUCUCAUAAGAGCCGCAAAUCACUCUUUGAUUAG